AUGAACAAUGUCACCACAAUCUACUUUGUGGGAUUCCACAACCCAGGAAAACUAAAUCUGUUUAUUUUCAUGUUGAUCCUUAUGAUAUACAUUGUGACAAUAUGUGGAAACCUCCUGAUCGUCACACUGGUGUUCUACAGCAAAACCCUCCAGUCUCCCAUGUACUUCUUCCUCUCCCAGCUCUCUAUAAGUGACAUUGUGUUGACCACAAACAUCGCCCCUAACAUGCUAAACAUUGUUCUUCAUGAUCAAUCAUCCGUAUCGUUUUCCAGUUGCAUUACUCAGUUUUAUUUCUUUGCCUUCUCAGAAGCAUCUGGAUGUCUUCUUCUGACAGUAAUGUCCUAUGACCGCUAUCUAGCCAUCUGCUCUCCUCUGCAUUAUACCUCCAUUAUGACCCAUGUGCUUUGCAUUAAAUUGGUUUUGACUUCUUGGGUUUUGAGUUCCUUUGUAGGAUUUGUUAUAACCCUCGGCAUCUGUCAGCUUCAAUUCUGUGGACCGAAUACCAUAGACCAUUUCUACUGUGAUCUUUAUCCUCUGAUGGAACUUUCUUGCUCAGAUAUUUCCACGGUUAAGAUAGAAUCCACGUUGUUGAGUAUUCCAGUCUUGGCCUUACCAUUACUUGUGAUAGUAGUUUCAUAUACGUACAUUGUUCUAGCCAUACUAAAGGAAUCCUCGCUCUCUGGAAGACAGAAAUCUUUUUCAACUUGCAGCUCCCAUUUGACAGUCGUGUUUAUAUUUUAUGGGACUCUGACUGCCACGUAUGCCCUUCCAAAUGAAGGUCAUUCGAAGAACAUCAGUAAGAUAUUGGCUUUUUGUACACAGUAUUUACUCCCUUUUUAAAUCCUUUCAUUUAUAGUUUACGGAAUAAAGACAUGAAGGAAGCUUU